UUCUCCUCUGCUGUCCAAGCGCUUUGGUGCAGGGAUAGCUGCCGUCUUCAGUCAAUCCAAUGCAGGCUCUCCAGAGAAGGCUGGCUCUAGACAGGUGGUAUAUACGAUAGUAUAGUAACUGGCCGACUGCUUCUUGUGGUUAUCUUUGACUUUUUUUUCUUGUUCAUUUUUUUGUUGUGCUUUGAUGAUUGUACUUAUUAGAUUUUAUAACUGUCUUAACUUAAAUUUUGUCACUUUAAAACUGCUGUACCUGUAUGUUAAAGGUGUGCUAGCUUUUUCUUUGCAAAACUGUAGGGGGUGGGAGGGAAUGGGGUUCAAAAGUGUGACAGAUUGGUUGAUAGUAGCCUGUGGUCCAGUUUGUCUUGGCUCAGACAUAUGUUGCUAAAAAUUCUCUAGUUGCGCUUUUUCAGCAACAAGCCUAUGGUCUAGUAAAAGGUACACACCUUUAAACUUUGAUAUACUUACUUAAACAUUGUAAAUUUCAAGUACAGCAAUAAGUACAAGUAUUCUUUUUAAAGGAUCUUAAUUGUUCUGUAUUUUAGGACUGUUAUUUUAAGGAAAGUGAAUUGGGCACAUUUAUUGUUGAUGGCUGUUUUAUUAAAGAAGAAAAUCACUGUGGCUAAAAUGUUUAAAAUGACCUGUUUACUGGCCAAAAAAAGUAGUAGCUCCUCCUGCCCAACAAAUGUCCAGUUACCUUGUAGUGCGGGGUUUCCCAGAGUCUAAGGGUGACUUUUUUGUUGUUGUUUAUUGAUGCUUAGAGCAACACCUUUUGUAGCCAGGUAGAGUGCCUUCUUCAUUUACAGUUUUAACAGCUUAAUGUAAUUCUCAGCAGCUUGUGGGUGGGCAGUAUGUGCUUAAUGCUGCCCUGGGCUUCAGGGAGAGAUAGGAUAGAGACCACAGUAUGAUGGUCUGGCCUACGACCCCUGGUUGAACACAAGGGGAAUCCGUGGCUAUACUUUGAAAACUCUUUGGAGUUGUCAAUCAUAACUUAAAAAAAAAAAGUUUUGUUCUCCCAGGAUCAACCCUUAUCUUUUGCCAUACUUGAUCUACAGCCAGAUGCCCAAGUUCUGAUUUUAGCCUAUUAAAUUUUAAGUGCCUUUCUCUGAAGGAAUAUGUUGAAAAUGUAGUGAAUUAAUAUUUUACAUUCUGUUUAGAUACAAACCUUUUGUAUUUUGAUUAAUAACUUUUAAAUUGCAAUAUAGUUUUGAAAUGUGCUUACUGACUGUGAAACUUGCAGUAUUUUAUUGCCAUUGUCUGAUGUUGUGAAUGUUCAUUUUAAGACUCCUUGUUGAAAUGGGACAGUUUGGAAACGAUUCUUUGAUAAACCAGCAGCGAAGAGGAUUUCCCUUUGGGUAUUGAGCCUUCCUCUGCAUGAUGUUCCCAUAUAUCCGGAUUACGCACAAGGGCGUUUGUCCCAUCAGAAUGGAUUCUGUUCCGGAUGCUGUGAAUCAGUCCGUCAUGGGAAAUGGACAGGAACUAUAUGAAUGAUAGCCUUCGCACAGAUGUCUUUGUGAGGUUCCAGCCAGAAAGCAUUGCCUGCGCUUGCAUCUAUCUUGCUGCAAGGACAUUAGAGAUUCCUCUUCCUAAUCGUCCUCAUUGGUUUCUGUUGUUUGGGGCAUCUGAGGAAGAGAUCCAAGAAAUCUGCUUAAAAAUUUUGUUGCUCUAUACUCGGAAAAAGGUUGAUCUGACAUAUUUAGAAAGUGAAGUUGAAAAGAAAAAACAUGCUCUUGAAGAGGCAAAAGCCCAAGCUAAAGGCCUGCUUGCUGACGGGACUCCCGUUUUAGACAGCACAUCAGGCUUUUCUCCUGUUCCUAAAAUAGAAUCCCCCAAAGAAAGCAAAGGGAAUAAACCUUCCCCGCUUUCUGUGCAAGCAAUGAAGAACGCCAAAAGAAAAAUGGAGGGCGCCAAGAGGGCCAAAUCCAACAGUCCAGUGAAUGGAUUGCCGAAAGGCAGAGAAAGUCGGAGUCGCAGCGGAAGCCGAGAUCACAGCUACUCGCGGUCACAGUCCAGAUCCGCUUCUCCAAAGAGGAGAAAAAGUGAAAGCUGUUCGACGUCCAGUGGUUCAAAGUCCCAGAGCCGCUCUAGGAGCCGCAGUGAUUCUCCCCCAAGACAGGCCAACCAUGGUGGUUCUUACAAGGGCUCCAAGAUCAGGAACUAUAAAAAAUCAAAGGACUAUAAGUAUGCAGCCCAGAAACCCCGGAAGUCUCGAAGCCGGAGCUCAUCACGUUCUAGAAGCCGAUCCAGGGAACGCUCAGAUAACUCUGGGAAAUACAAGAAGAAGAGUCAUUACUACAGGGAUCAGAGGCGGGAGCGUUCUCGGUCUUAUGAGCGAACUGGCCAUCGCUAUGAGCGAGAACCCCCUGGACACAGCAGGCACAGGAGAUGAGGCCUGGACCAGGCAUCAGCAGGUGUGGUUCCUUCUCCCUUUGGAUGCAGACAGGGCAGGGCCUCAGCUCCCUUCUUUCCCGUAGCCUGGGUAAGUUGGUGUCUGGACUGACUUGACCAUCAUCUCUGCUUUAUUCGUUCCUCAGCUUAUUAAGUAUGAAUUUAAAGGGAAAUGGUCAUUUAAUGGACAUGGUAAUGAGACUGAAGGUAGAAUCAGGUAGACAGCUUGGUUCCCCCAACAGCUGUCUGGUUGGGCAUCCGGGCCUGUCCUUGGAAGUUGGCACUGGGUCCAUCCCCGUAACCAGUGUCAGUCCUAGAACAGACGGAUGGGCGGACACGGCCUCUUCUACCGACAUGGAGAGCGGAGCUCUUCCUCGUUCCACUCCGACUCUGAAGGGCCCUUCUGGAUAGAGCUGGAAGAAAGCUCAAAUGUUUAUUUAAUUAAACUGUUGGUGUAGCUUGGUGCUAACUACAAGCUGUCGUUUUUCUUCCCCAUCCUGAAACUCAAUUACGUUAAACCAAGAAAAGUGAUUUUUAGAACUUCUGCCUAUAUUAGGUUGUACUUGUGUAUAUAUUUUGCAGUGUUUAACAGUACAAUAUGGUAAUAUGGCCUUACUAGGUACCCUUACACUUUAUCCACAUUGUAAAUAAACAUGUGUUUAAUACAAGUUAAAGCUACUAUACUGAAAAUUCAGAACUUGAAUUCUGUCGACUUAAAACUUGUGUAGAGAAUUCUGAUUUAAAAAUGUGAAGUAUUUAGAUCUGUGUAUUGAAAGUAGUCUAUUUUUAUCUGUGCAAUGCUGAGUGCAGGACACCAGCUCAUGAAUAGAGAAGUUUCAUAUAUAUGCAUUUUAUGUGGUUUAAAAAAAACACACCUCUCUACUCAGGAUAUUUGAAACUUUGAAGAAUUCGUAGUUUGUCAUUCUGCUUGCUUGUUAAAACAGAAGAUGUAAGAAACGAUGAGUACACAGCCAGCGGUAUCAGUUUUAGUGGUAUAUCUGAGCUGUUUCUUUCCCUGCUCCCUGAUUUCAUUAAAGUAUUUGAUUUUGUAUUUA